AUGCCGAGGAACGACGGUCGUAAAGAAACUGUUUCUGCAUUAGUAAACACAUCCCGGGAAGUAAGCUGUGGAUUAUGCCAACUUCCGGAUGACAGCCAUAUGGUGGCUUGCGACGAGUGUGGACGGUGGUACCACUUUGUGUGUGUAGGCGUCGAUGAAAGCGUUCAGGACCGUGAUUGGAGCUGUGAAAGGUGCCGUACAAUGACAGCUCAGAUCCCAGCCGAAUGUUCGACCCCACUAGCUGGAGGUGCUACAGGCCUAACUGGAGCAAACGUUUCACCAUCGGAGAAAUUUCUCCGGGAGCAAGUCCAACAACUGCAGGAGAAGCUAGAGAAACAGCAGCUACUAUUCGAGAGCGUUUUGCGGGAAAGAGAGCACUUCGAUGCACUGAAGGCUCAGCAAAAGAAAUGUAAAGAGGAGCUAGGACCGAAAGAACCGCGAUCGGAAAAAAUAAUGCAAGACCAGUAUGGUGCCAAAGUUACCGGAGCUAUAAAAAAGACAAGUGCUAUGACUUUGUCCACUCCAGAACAGGAAGAGAUUCUGUUCGCAAAGGAGCUCGAGCUGCUCGAAGAAAAGCAAGCUAUGGAAAGAAAACAUCUGGAGGAGAAAAGUGCGUUACUACAAAGGUUUCACAGUCGCAAUGCUGAGACCACACGCAGGAAAUCUACCGAGCUCGAUCCCAGAAUAACAGAUUUCCGUUCAAUGCGCGAUUAUAUCGAUCCUGUUGUGCAACACAUAUUACCACCCAAUUCCGAUUUCGAACUUAGUCGAAGCCAACUUGCAGCCCGUCAAGCGGUAACCCGUGACUUGCCAACGUUCUCCGGCAAUCCAGAAGAGUGGCCGCUUUUUAUAACUAGUUUCCAGAGCUCGACCAGAAUGUGUGGAUAUAGUGACGAGGAAAACAUGCUGCGGCUUCAGCGAAGCCUCAAAGGAAAGGCAUUAGACGCGGUGCGAUGUCGACUAUUACACCCGUCAAACGUCCCUGGGGUGAUCUCGACAUUGCGGACUCUAUUUGGAAGACCCGAGAUAAUCGUCCAUUCGCUUAUCAGCAAAAUUAGAGAGAUGCCGUCACCGAAAGCGGAGAAAUUGAAUACGGUUAUAGAUUUUGGAGUGGCCGUUCAAAACGUGUGCGCGACUAUCACGGCAUCUGGGCUCGAUGAAUAUUUAUGCAACGUUGCACUGUUGCAGGAGCUCACCGAACGAUUACCGGCUACUAUCAAACUCAGCUGGGCGUAUCACAGACAAACAAAAGACAAAGUGACAUUGUCUGAUUUCGCGGAGUGGCUUGGUAAGUUGGUGGAAGCCGCGAGCAUCGUGUCAGUUCCUUCAUUGAGCCUUUCGAAAUCGGAAAAACGGAGCCGCAAUUACAUUAACGUCCAUUUGGAAGAUGAUGAAAACUCAGAUGACAACGAAACCUCGAUGAAACCCUCAUUUGCUCCACGCAGGGAAUGUACAUUAUGUCAGGACAACUGCAGCGGUCUAGAGAAAUGUCAAAGAUUCCUGAACAUGAACGUCGGCGCUCGUUGGACUGUGAUUAAAGAACAAAAAUUGUGUAAGAAAUGCCUACAGAAGCAUUUUGGAGCGUGUGGAGUAAAAGCUCAAUGCGGUAAAAAUGGAUGUACAUAUAUGCAUAACCAACUGCUACACGAAGACGCCAGGUACAAUCGAUCUGUUGCUCCUCAAUCGAAUGCAGCGAGUUCGGUGCAAAGCUGUAACACUCACCUGAAGCCUAAUGGACACGUUCUUUUCCGUUAUAUUCCUGUGACGGUUCACGCUCAAGGGAAAACAGUGAACACGUAUGCUUUCCUCGACGAUGGUUCGUCAGCCACAUUCAUGGAGUCGGUUUCGGUACCGGAGUUGACGUAUAGCUACAGCUACCUAGGAGGACUGCCCUUGGAGUCAUACGAGCAAGUAUCACCGAGAAUCCUUAUUGGUAUCGACAACUGCCAUCUGGGCCACGCGCUGGCCAGCCGUGAGGGAAUGAACCAUCAACCUAUUGCAUCCCAAACACGCCUCGGUUGGGUUGUGUACGGCCUGUGCGUGACAACAGCCGGAACAGUCUGCGCCAGCUCGGACUACAAAGGGCAUCACAAUUUUCACAUCUGUUCAUGUCAACGGGACGAUAAAAUGAAUGCUGAAUUGAAAGAAUAUUUCUCGAUCGAUUCUCUCGGAAUUUAUAAGACAAACAAAUCGUUGCUGUCCAAAGACGACGAACGCGCCUUGAACUUGCUCUCCACGGAAACGCUACUGAAGGGAACUCGUUACGAAACCUGUUUGCUGUGGCGUACGGAUCAGACUCGCUUACCAGAUAACAAGACACUGGCUCUACGACGGCUAAUUUGCUUGGAGAAACGGAUGAACCGUGAUGCGGAUCUGGCUGAAUCAAUGCGAACGAAGAUUGCUGAGUAUGAGCAAAACGGGUACAUCAGACGUUUAUCGCCGAAUGAGAUUUCGGAAGCACACCCCCGGACAUGGUACUUGCCAAUAUUUCCAGUCGUCAAUCCGAACAAACCCGGCAAAUUCCGAAUCGUCUGGGACGCAGCAGCCGCUGUAAAAGGAAUAUCGUUGAACUCUGUUUUACUUACUGGUCCGGAUCAGCUAGCCUCACUGUUGUCCGUGCUUCACAGAUUCCGUGAGUUUCGUUACGCAGUCACUGGUGACAUUCGUGAGAUGUUCCACCAAGUACUAGUGAAGGAGGAGGAUCAACACAGCCAGCGGUUCCUAUGGCGGAACGGAGACAGCAGUCGUGAGCCGGACGUCUACGUAAUGAGAGUAAUGACAUUCGGUGCGGCGUGCUCUCCCAGCUGCGCAGCAUACGUAAAAAACCACAAUGCCGACAAGUUCCAGCAGCAAUUUCCACGAGCGACAGAAUGCAUAAAAUACGAUCACUACGUCGAUGAUAUGCUGACGAGCGUCGAGAAUGAAGAUGAAGCAGUGAAGCUGGCCACUGAAGUGCGCUACGUUCAUUCACAAGCGGGGUUCCAUAUACGUAAUUGGCUAUCUAACUCAAGCGCAAUCCUGGAGCGCCUGCAUGACGGAGAACCAACAGAAAAAGAUUUAAACCUCACCGCAGAGAUGGCCACAGAAAAGGUGCUCGGUAUGUGGUGGUGCACAGCUACCGACAAUUUUACAUUCAAGCUCUCAACAAAACACGAUCCAGAGCUGCUCGCAGGAUUAAGAACCCCAACGAAAAGGGAGGUUCUGAAGACAUUGAUGUCGAUAUACGAUCCGAUGGGCCUCAUAGCAAACUUUCUUAUGCACUUGAAAAUCCUACUGCAGGAUAUAUGGAGGUCUGGUAUAGCUUGGGAUGACCAAAUCCCAUCGUUGCUGGAGGAUAAGUGGAAGUUAUGGAUCCGAAUUCUUCCAAAUGUAAAAGCAGUGCAGAUUCCUCGCUGUUACCGCCAUCUAACUUCGUCAACAGAUACCAACCGGGUCCAGUUACACAUGUUCGUCGAUUCGAGUGAAAAAGGACUAGCAGCUGUUGCUUAUUUCAGAUUCGAAGAGGAUGGAAAAAUCGAAUGCGCGCUGAUAGGAUCAAAAACACGUGUUGCGCCACUGAAAUAUCUUUCCAUUCCCCGCCUUGAGCUACAGGCUGCUGUUGUGGGGGCACGCUUAGCCGACAGUAUCGUCAAAUCUCAUCGAUUGGUAAUAGCGAAACGUUUUUUCUGGACAGAUUCGCGAGAUGUCAUGUGCUGGCUCCGAUCAGAUCACCGGCGGUACAGUUCUUUCGUGGCAUCCAGGAUCGGAGAACUCUUGGAAACAACAGAUGUGGCUGAAUGGAAAUGGCUUUCUACUCGUCUCAACGUGGCUGAUGAAGGUACUAAGUGGCAGAAAUUGCCAGAUUUUAAUCCAACUAGCCGUUGGUACCGUGGACCAUCCUUUUUGUGGGAGCCAGAAAACAAUUGGCCAGUGGACAAUACUGAUCCAGGAACAACGAAAGAGGAACUCCGUACGCAUAUGCUACAUCAUACUGUGGAAGAACCAAUUAUUUGUUUCCAGAAUUUUAAACAGUGGACACGGUUGCUCAGAACCAUGGCGUUUGUCUUCCGAUAUCGCGCAAAUCUACAACGUAAGAUACGAAAAGAAGGUCUGGAACUUGGACCGCUCACUCAAAGCGAAUUACAUAACGCGGAACAGUUCAUCUACCGACAAGUACAGCGAGAAAUGUUUCCAGAUGAAAUUCGCAUUUUGACUGCCGCUGGCUCGGAAGCCAAUGUACUUAAGACCGUCUUGCCGACAUCCAGCUCUUUGUAUAAAUUAACGCCGGUUAUCGAUGUUCACGGUGUAUUACGUAUGCGUGGUCGCGUGGACGCCUGCCAAUUCAUCGAUGAAAGUAGUAAACGUCCGAUCCUUCUUCCGAAACGCCACUACCUCACUAGCUUAGUGAUAACAGAUUACCACGAAAGAUAUCGACAUUUAAAUCAUCAGACGGCCCUGAAUGGAAUUCGUCAGAAAUAUUAUAUUCCGCAGCUAAGGUCUGAAUACAACCGUGCUCGACGUAAUUGCCAAUACUGUAAGAUAAAUUUUGCUAAACCACAGACCCCUAUAAUGGGAGAUCUUCCAGCUGCGCGGCUCGCGGCAUUCUCUAGACCAUUUGCGCAUACCGGAAUAGACUAUUUCGGCCCGCUUCUUGUUGCAGUUGGUAGACGGGUCGAAAAGCGAUGGGGUGUAUUAUUCACCUGUAUGACCAUUAGAGCCAUACACAUAGAAAUCGCUCACACUAUGACGACUGACUCCUGUAUCCUGGCUGUGCGGAAUUUUAUAGCGCGCCGUGGAGCACCCAUCGAGUUUUUGUCCGACCGCGGAACAAAUUUUAUAGGCGCCAAUCGAGAGUUACUUGAAGCUUUAAAGCAAGUUGAUCAAAAUGAAGUAAUGACCUAUUUCGUCACACCAAAUACUGCCUGGAAAUUUAAUCCACCAGCAUCUCCACACUUUGGGGGCUGCUGGGAACGAUUAAUACAAUCGGUCAAAAAGCUGCUCGAUCAAUUUAAAACACAACGUACGCUUUCCGACGAAAUUCUUAGGAACGUAUUAAUGGAGAUCGAGAUGAUGGUUAACUCUCGUCCGCUCACCCACAUACCGUUGGAUGACGCAGAAGCUUCCCCAUUAACACCUAACCACUUUUUGUUAGGCUCGUUUGACGGCAACAAACCACCGAUCGCGUAUGAUGACGGAGUCUCUACCAUCAAGCAGUCGUGGAAAACGUCACAAGUCUACGCCAACAAUCUCUGGAAGAAGUGGAUUUCAGAAUACCUCCCAACGUUGACACGACGAACUAAAUGGUUCAAGCCCGUAAGACCAAUUCAGUUGGGUGACGUAGUUGUCAUCGUGGACAGCGCUCUGCCGCGCAAUGUAUGGCCAAAGGAACGCGUUAUAGGAGUGGUGCAGGCUAAAGACGGUCAGGUGAGACGAGUGACGGUACAAACUACGAAUGGGAUUCUCGAGAGGCCAGCGGUAAAGAUUGCUGUGCUGGACGUAGGUUCUGGAGAUAGUAAGCCACCCGAAGACGUGUGCCGUACGGGGGGGAAUGUCACACCUCUGCGUGUGACGAACCUUUAG